GCACAAAGGAAAGAUAGCUUUAUUUAAAGGAUUAAGAAAUACCAUACACAUGAUAUGCAUAUUAUGUUUGGAGCACUGAGAAACAACACAAGAAAAACAAUGCGAAGAUCUCUUCUUACUCUGUUUUUAGUCUGUGCUCUGAGUUCUCCAUCUGGAGGUGAUGUUAGACUAGCAAAUGGUAAUAAUCGCUGCUCUGGUAGAGUUGAGGUCUUUCAUGAUGGCCGUUGGGGAACUGUGUGUGAUGACUCUUGGGACAUUAAUGAUGCUACUGUGGUGUGCAGACAGGUGGGAUGUGGAAAAGCUCUUAGUGCCAACAGUAAGGCUUCUUUUGGUCAGGGGAGUGACCCAAUCUUGCUGGAUGAUGUUGCAUGUUCUGGAAGUGAGAGCAGCAUAAAACAGUGCAAACACAGGGAACUAGGAACACAUGACUGUAGCCACAGUGAAGAUGCUGGUGUUACAUGUUCAGACUUAAGAUUGGUCAGUGGCUCUGAUUCCUGCUGUGGAAGAGUGGAGAUCCUUAACAAUGGCCAGUGGGGAACUGUGUGUGAUGACGACUGGGACAUAACAGAUGCUGAUGUUGUGUGCAAACAAUUAAACUGUGGCAGAGCCAUCAGCGCCCCUCUCAAUGCAGCAUUUGGUCAGGGAAGUGGAGAGAUCUGGCUGGAUAAUGUUGGAUGCUCUGGAAAUGAAAAUUCUCUUACACAGUGCUCACACAGAGGUCUGGGACAACAUAACUGUAAUCAUGGUGAAGACACUGGUGUUGUGUGUACAGGUGAUCUGCAGAUACCCAUUUUUUCCAUAAUCUCUCCACAUUCAGUUGUGUCUCCUGGAGAAAACAUUCAGUUCAAAUGCACAACACCUAAUCCAAGAUGGCAGGAAAAUGCUAAAUUCCACCUGUUCAGAAGCAGAUCAUCCACAAUAUCCUCUCAAACAAGUGUAUCUAGUGUGACUUUCAGUCUGACUGUAGACGUCUCAAAUCAGGAUCAGUACAGCUGUGAUUACUCUUACAGGAAUGACAUCAUCAAGUCUUCCAGGAGUAAAACUAUUGAAAUCACUGUAGUGAACCUGCAGAAGCCACACAUUUCUCUCAGUCCUCAGGGUUCAGUGGUCGCCAGAGGUCACAGCUUCACUAUUACUUGUUCAUCUGAAUCUCAGUAUUCUGGAGGCUUCUUCUCUUUGUUCAAUGGAUCAAACAUCAUCAGUAGGAAACCAGUUGUCAAUCACGCAGCCAUCUUCAUCUUUCCUGAGGCAGAUUAUUCACAUGUGGGAAGCUACAUUUGUGUUUAUGAAGUCAUUGUCUCCUCACGUAACUUUCGUUCAGUUUCCUCUAACCAGCUGCUCAUCACUAUCAGAGAUGGGUUAAGAUUGGUCAGUGGCUCUGAUUCCUGCUGUGGAAGAGUGGAGAUCCUUCACAAUGGCCAAUGGGGAACUGUGUGUGAUGACGACUGGGACAUAAGAGAUGCUGAUGUUGUGUGCAAACAAUUAAACUGUGGCAGAGCCAUCAGCGCCCCUCACAGCGCAGCAUUUGGUCAGGGAAGUGGAAUGAUCUUGCUGGAUGAUGUUGGAUGCUCUGGAAAUGAGCGCUUCCUCGUACAGUGCUCACACGGAGGUCUGGGACAAAAUAACUGUAAUCAUGGUAAAGACACUGGUGUUGUGUGUACAGGUGAUCUGCAGAUACCCAUUCUUUCCAUAAUCUCUCCACAUUCAGUUGUGUCUCCUGGAGAAAUCAUUCAGUUCAGAUGCACAACACCUAAUCCAAGAUGGCAGGAAAAUGCUAAAUUCCACCUGUUCAGAAGCAGUUCAUCCACAAUAUCCUCUCAAACAAGUGUAUCUAGUGUGACUUUCAGUCUGACUGUAGACGUCUCAAAUCAGGAUCAGUACAGCUGUGGUUACUCUUACAGGAAUGACAUCAUCAAGUCUUCCAGGAGUAACACUAUUGAAAUUACUGUAGUGAACCUGCAGAAGCCCAAUAUUUCUCUCAGUGGAUUGUUUGACUUUGGUCCUCAGGGUUCAGUGAUUACCAGAGGUCACAGCUUCACUAUUACUUGUUCAUCUGAAUCUCAGUAUUCUGGAGGCUUCUUCUCUCUGUUCAGUGGAUCAAACAUCACCAGUAGUCAACCAGCUGUCAAUCACUCAGCCGUCUUCAUCUUUCCUGAGGCAGAUUAUUCACAUGAGGGAAGCUACAGUUGUGAUUAUGAAGUGAAUGUGUCCUCACGUAACUUCCAUUCAGAUGCGUCUGACCUGCUGCUCAUCACUAUCAGAGCCUCUCUGCUUCCUGUCAUUGGUGGUGUUGUGUCAGCUGUACUUCUCAUCUUCUCUGCUCUUGUUAUCGUCUUCAUAGUGAAGAGAAGACAAAAGCAGAACAAUAAGGAGAUUCGUAAAAAGUGUUUUUUUAAGAAAGGUGAGGGUAAUACAUAUGAAGGUGCAUCCUGUAACACCAAAAAUGAAGAGGAAAAUGAGGACAUCUAUCAAAAUGUGGAACUUGAAAAGAAAGAUAAUGUGAGCAGUGAUGAUGACUCUGAACAGGACUAUAUUAAUGUGGAUCCAGAUAAUUUAAAACAGGAUUGUAUGAAUGCAGACACAGAUGAUUCUGAAGAGGAUUAUGUUAAUGUUGAUAUUACAGAAAACAGAAGUACGGUAGACAGUAAAUGUGAUGAUGACCUCUAUGAAAGUUUUAUGGAUAAUGAGUGAACCUGAAAUACAGUAGAUUUUCCUUAGAGACAGCAAUAUGCAUCAAAGACUGAUUGAUACAAAUGAUGAUGAUGUGAUGAUGAUGUAGUUUGGUGUUUCCUGUCAAACACAUGAACUGGGUCCCAUCUCUGAUGUUAUUGCAGAGCUGCCAACUCUCAAGCUGUUGCCGUGUGACACAUGGUUUUCACCCACAUUCAUGCCACACAUCCAAUUACUCACGCAAAAAAUUCUAAUCUGAUCUUGGGUAGAGACUCGCUCGUUCCUUUUCAAAUUCUCCGAUUGUACUAGAUGGCGCUGAUGGCGUCUGCAGCUGACUAGUUAUUUUUGCGACUGACCUUACUGCAUUUCUAGGAAAUUUCCUUUCAGACACAAAAUUUAUGGGAGGAUAUUAUUUAAACGAUUUGCGCGUGUGAUAUUAUUGGUAUUUGUGCCAUUAUUUCAUGCCGAAAAAGCAUGUCAUUUUGAGCUUGGAAUUGCUGCAAUUGUUGCUGAUAAGAGAGCGCGUGAUACAAGGCAGAGGAUUUUUUAACAUGUAACAGUUUAUUUGGAAUGUCUGAGGAACAUAUUAUUUAAAAAUAUUGUUUUCCAAGCCAUGUCUUCUUUUAUUUGCUGGAGAAAAUAAAAGAGGAGUCUCUACAGGACUCAUACAAUAGCAGGUGUUUCAAAACUUCUUGUAACCCUUUUGUCUUCCGGUUCUUUUCAGUGUACUAUGACUUUGUUAGCUCCCCCCCCCCCGAAUUUUCAGCUAAGAUGCCAGUGAAGCUGAACGCGAGCUCAUCAGGCAUUAGAUCACCCGCUGGAGCAUCAGCUCUGCUUAUUUGUGACCCGGAACUAAUUUGCGCUGCUUAGUAGAUUGCUUACUAUGGAAAUCAGCUGCUGUGCCUGUGUUAUUUAAUUUGUGCAUUUUAAGUAAAAAUCCUGCACUUAUUACCACUCCCAUAGGCGCUUUUUUGGAAUUGCGCUCUCGUGCUAAUUUGACCCAUUUAGCAAAUCUGGCCCUAAGUAUGUAACAAUUAAAUGUUGUCAAAUUUAAUAAUCACUCUUAAUUUUAAAUCUUUUAAGAAAAUAUUUUUAAUAUUGUGCGUGUAGUGUGGUGAAUUUAAACUCAGCUGAUAUAGCUCUUACCGUUCUAAUCAAAAAAUAUAAAUCAACCUACCUAGGUCAAGGCUUAACCACUGGUCUAUAAAUAAGGCUUUAUUGUGGUACAUAGGCAGUAAUUUAGGCACAACAAUAGUUUUUUCUGGAUGAAUGUUCAGCUCAAGUCUAAAAGGCCCAACAAGUCAUUAUGCAAAACAUGAAUCAGAAUAAGUUCAGGUAUUGCACAUCUUUAGCAGACCACCCAAAAAUCCACUAGAAUGCAGGAAAUCACAUCUAAUUAAAUAUAAAAAAAAUUGGGGUGGACCUUCAGCUAUAUCUGCCUCACAGAAUUUAACCAAUAUUGUCCAUCUCCAGUAGGCUGCCCCAUCCUCCUCACAAACCACCAGAACCCAGGGUACAACAUCAAAAUAAUUCCAUUUUUAUCUGAGCCACCAACAUGUUUGGCUGCAUGCGCUGCAUAAUAUUGAUCACUCCUGACAAAAUCUCACUCCAAGUUUUUUUUUUAUUUAAGUUGGCAGGUAUAUUAUUGGGUCUCCUGAUGUCACUAUCUUUGGUUACACUGUGAAAGCUUUAUUUCUUCUUUCUGUUUUUUAUUGUUUUUAGAAUUAUAUAUAAAAACAAUAUUGCUUAUAAGAUAAAGAUUUGAAAUUGUUUAAUUGUUACUGAAAUUAUAAAUUAUGUUUUGCCAUCAGAAUUAUUGAAAUAUUCUGUCCUGAUGUUUUUGUUUAUUAAUAAAGUGUGAAGAGUG